ACUUUAAUUAUUUUAUUCCUUUGAGAACCUGUCAAGCUUCUACUCACUGGAUUUUAAAAACGAAGACGAUGUCAGUUUUGAGUUUUGCGUUGUGUUUGUUCGUUGUCCUCUGCAUGCAGCCACAGGAUACAUCGGCGUGGUUGUCAGGAAGUGUGUGCGGCCACAGGACAUACGACCCGUCGUUUAACAUGUGCUGUGCAGGGAACGUAGUGUCCAAAAGUGGAAUAAGGCCCGCAUGUUGUGGACGCCGAAAUUAUGAUGCCGCGUUCCGCAUGUGCUGUGGAGGGAACGUAGUGUCCAAAAGUGGAAUAAGGCCCGCAUGUUGUGGACGCCGAAAUUAUGAUGCCGCGUUCCGCAUGUGCUGUGGAGGGAACGUAGUGUCCAAAAGUGGAAUAAGGCCCGCAUGUUGUGGACGCCGAAAUUAUGAUGCCGCGUUCCGCAUGUGCUGUGGAGGGAACGUAGUGUCCAAAAGUGGAAUAAGGCCCGCAUGUUGUGGACGCCGAAAUUAUGAUGCCGCGUUCCGCAUGUGCUGUGGAGGGAACGUAGUGUCCAAAAGUGGAAUAAGGCCCGCAUGUUGUGGACGCCAAAAUUAUGAUGCCGCGUUCAGGCAGUGUUGCAAUGGUCGUAUUUGCUAAGAUGACAUGUUCUGAAGAAAUGUGUUGUAUGGUGUUUAAAAAAACACCUCUUGUUUUACCGGAGACAUGAUACUGUUAAUAUAUAUACAGGGUGACGAGUUGAACACAACAGACGACUUCACACGUCUUUGAUGAUUUUUCAAAAAUAAUAUUUAGUCACAAAGUUUAUAAUCCAUGUUUUAUCAAAUUGUUUUUCAUUAAUAUUGUAACAAAUAAUAAAAACCAAUAUUUUUAUAUU